UCACCAGUCACUCACACACAGUUGGACAGCCGCGCGCUCAGAGGAACUAGUUGUUGGAGUAGAGAGAGCGCGGUAGCACUUCAUUACAUCCAGAGCACCAGCUGGGGGCGAAUAUUCACCUGUGCGCUGCCAGGAAGAAUUCACAAGGAGUUCCAUGAAUUUUUAGCAGACUCCGUUUUAAAGGCGCAGUGAGGGACAUUUUAAACAAGAAUCGCUUUCGGACUCCUGGUCUGUCCUGUAGCCGUACAAGUUUAUUUAUUUUUUAUUGAGUGAGUUAUCUUUUAUACCGAAACUGACCCACAUCUGAAGAUUUCGAUUUUAAAUUUAUUCCGGAGAGACUGCGUGCCUAGUUCCAUAGAGGGGACAGUAAUCGACCAUGGCGAGACAUGAUGCCCAAAACUGGCGUGUCUGCUCCAAAAUGAUCGGACUGCUCGGCUUGGUCGCGUCGAUACUUCUUCAACACGGAGUGUCAGGUCAGCGGGUGAAGGUGGAGCCAGAGGUGUUGUCGUAUCCCGGCCAAACAGUUAACCUGCGCUGUGCCUUCACUGAUGCUACUGGGAUACAGCUCACAAUGGUCACGUGGAUCUAUGAGCCGAAGGACGGAACCAGGAUCAACAUUGCUGUUUUUCAUCCCAACUUUGAUCCCAACUACCCCGAAUCACCCGUGAACGGCCGAGUCAGCUUCACAUCCAGUCCUCCAAACCUGGCCAGUCCCUCCAUCGAGAUAAGGGAUGUCAGGAUGACCGAUGAGGGAAAGUACAUCUGCGAGUAUGCUACCUACCCUAGAGGCAACGAGCAAGGCAUCACGUACCUCGUCAUGCUGGCUAAGCCUCAUAACUCGGCCUCCAUCGUAACAGUGGAAGCAGGCUCUAAGCCGGUCGUUGUGGCACGCUGUGAGUCUGUGGAUGGCCGCCCCGCUGCCCAGAUUUCCUGGGUGACUACAGCCAAUGGCAAUGCAACAACAGUGUCUAAGCCGGGUGCCAACAACACCGUGACCGUGACCAGCGAGUACCAAAUGGUUCCCACAGCUGCAGACAACGGGAAAGACCUUAGCUGCGUGGUGGCACACAGGACCCAGGUCAAACCAGAUAGCUUCCCAUUGAAGCUAGCAGUACAAUAUGCCCCUGAGGUAACAGUAGUGGGUUAUGACAAUAAUUGGUACCUGGGUCGUACACAUGUGGUGCUUACCUGCCUGGCUAGCGGAAACCCUCCUCCAUUGGCCCCCCAGUGGAAGACGAUGUCAGGAGAGAUGCCAAACACGGUACAGAUCACAAAUAACGUGCUGAAGGUGCUGAAGGUGGACGACGCUGUCAACACCACUUUUGUCUGUGAGGUCAAAAAUCACAUAGGCACCGGCAAGGACCAGGUCACAGUUUUUGUCAGAGAAACUCGUCUUCCAGAGAAGGGUGCUACUACAGGCAUCAUCAUAGGAGCCAUCAUUGGAGUAAUACUACUCUUGGCCAUCAUUGGAACAAUCAUAGCGAUGUACCGCAAACACCGUAACAACAAACUCAACGGAGACUGUGUGUGUUUGCAUUUCAGUGGUCCUCCUAAGUACAAGCCCCCUCCCCCCAAGAAGACCACCAGCUCGGCUAGCAAACCACUGAACAUAAGUUAUGCCCCGGUGAUUGAGGACAGACCUCUGCAAGACCAAUACUACACUAACCAGAGUGCUGAGCCAGUCACGGACCUGGAUGCCUACCAUGGCGAUGAUGAGAAUGAUGAAGAUGUGAGCGAGCAUUAUCACUCUGCUGCCCCCUCUGGCUGGGAUGAUCCCGGAAACAAUGAGGUCCCGCCUCCUUACAUGCGCACAGACAGCGACCCCCAGGACUAUCAUCAGGGCCCCAAUGUCAACCGUGGGGAAAGCUUUGUGUCGUCCGCCAUGUUCGUGUGAGAAGACACAGAAGAGGCGUGUGUGUUUGUGUGUGUAAAUAUGUGUGCAUGCGUGAGUGCAUGACUGGGUGAGUGAAUAUUUCUGCAGGCUUACAUGAGAAAGGGAUAGCUUGAGUUCUGUGAAUGCAAAAUGUGAGGACGUGUGAAUGUGAAUUUUAUGCUUAGCUAUGAAUUUUGAGGUCUGUGCUGCAAAGACAAAGUUCUUUUUUUACCAUUUUGUUUAAGAAUAUUUAUCUGUGAACAGGUUGCUGGUACUAUGGUUCAGUUGUAUGUUGCUUCUUUUGAAAAUUAAGCCAUUUUUAAACCUUAAUCAGAUUGAGCCAGCAUAAUAUAAAAUGUUGCUAAUGUACUAUAUACACAACUGUAUUAUACAGUUGCAGGGAUUUAUUGAAACUAAUAAUGUUCAAAUGUAGAUAAAUCAAAGACAAUGUUUUAAAUACCCUCUGCUGUGUAUAAAUGUUACAUAGAACAUAGUAUGGACAUGAACACAUUUGAAGUACACUGUUGCAAAAACUAUCUCAUGAGCAUGUUUCAACUAAACUGCCUUGCAUUAUUGAAUGUCGAGUAUCACACACAUUGUGGUUACUUAAAUAACUUGGUUAGCAGAAACACAAUGCAUGGGUACUACAUGUUGCCUUUGUCUAGUCGUAAUUGUCUGUUGUUCUUGGUUUACAAACCCAGCUGGGAUGAUGUUGGUGUAAAGCAGGUGUCUUGUGGAGAAGCUAUUAGCUGCUGUUAAUCAGGCAGCGUCGAGACAAGACUUACAAACCGUAAUGGCAUCAGUGUGUAAACUGCAUCAAGGGGGUAACUGCAACAGCAAUACUCUAUUUGUGUAAAUGUUUGAUUUUAAUUUUUUGUUGUCUUCUGCAUGUGGCCUUUGCCUUCCUUGUGAAAAUGCAGUGACACUUGGUUCACCUCAGGUGGAAGGGAACAUAACUUGAGAGCUAGCAACUGAUGAAACUUGAUUUGUCUCUAGCCUUCUUGCCAUAACAUUUGAUUAUUUUUUUUACUUGCAUCCAUCCAUCCUCCCUUUUUGUGGAUAUCUGUUAGUUUUAAAAACUGUAAACUUUUUUUAUUUUUCACUUUUAUCUAUGAGCAUGCUCAGAUGGAUUAGGAUAAAUCUGGAUUAUGUCCAUGGAAUCUGUUGCAAUUCCUCUCCAGUGGAGGAUUAGUUCUACAUGGAGUUUGGACAGGACACAGAGCCUGAUAGUAAACUAUAUGUUCAUUCACUAUCAGGGUCAAGGGUUAAACAGGUUAGUAAUGCUUAGUCCAUCAUUUUUCUUCUCAAUCACAAACCUAAAGGUGUCUUUUGUGUGUCAGUGCCAACUGGUAUAUUUUAUCAAAAAGCUUUUGGAAAAUGUGAUCUAUUUUUUCUUUUACUUAAAAUGUUAAUUUUAAUCUGUUAAUUUUAAUCUGUUUAGCUCUUUGUGAAUUAUAUUUUGAAAGCCAUCUUGACGGUUGUUGAUUCAAUAAACAUAUUGUGAUCCGGGUAAAGAAGU